AUGUCGCAAGAGAACCAAGACACAGAGCGCGAGGCAGCUAGCGCCACUGCCAGCACCGCCCCAGUCCUGCCCUGGGACCUCACUCAGCAAUCCAUCCCCGUCAAGAGCUUCACGGGCUACGAGGUGCAGCUCUCGGGCUGGGUCAGACACGACAAGUUGAAAGUUCACCACGAUCAAGACUCCGCCGUGCCGGAUGACAGUCCUCCCGCUCAAGUCGCGUCCUCGGUCCGGCUGCCCCCCGUCCACGCAGACACGGACGCAGAGCCCGACGCGGACGCGGACGGUGGCGUGGAUGUCGACGACGAUGACGUCGCGGACGACGACGACGCCGACGACCACCUAGAUCACGUGCCUUCGUCCUCCACGUGA